AUGCGCCAUUACCUUCAGACCCUGCUCGAUACAAAGGAGAAGCAGCUGCAGCAGGCCGGCGCGCUCGGGCAGCGUGUCCUGGCCCAGCAGGUCGAGCUCGAGGAGCGCGUAAGGCAGCUCCAGGAGAUCGAUGCCGACAAGGGCGAGGACGUCGAGAUCGAUGCAGACAUGCGCGAGCGUUAUCGCCAGCUCGCUGAAUCGGUCUCCACGUGGGAGGCGGAGAACGUGCAGCUCUCCAGUGCGUUUGGCUCAAAGGCCCCGCAGUACCUGCGGGCCUCUCCGCAAAAAACAAACCGCGAGGAGUUUCCUCUUCGCUUCCGCUCGUUUGUCCCCUCGUCGACCCUUUCGGUCUCAUCGCGACCGGCAUGGCCCGUUCUCCAUGGGGUCCGUCGGCAGGUGGCACACGACCCCGCAAUCGCAUCUACACUGCACGGCGAUGCGCGACUGGCUAAUGGCGGCCCACCGUCGCCCCAGUUUGAGAACUUGGAGAUGUCUCGCGAGGAACCGGAGCGUCCCAAGCCCACCGCUGGAACUUCGGCAGCUCAGUCGUCGAGACGAGCCAAGAACGCCGCCCACCGUGCCGAUGACGUCGAAUUUGCCUUCGAAAUCGGGAGUGGUCUGUUGACCGAGGUCAGACGUCUGCAGAGCUUGCUCGGGGAGCGCGACAAGGCGAUUCAGGACAUGAAAGAGGAGAAAGAUGACCUCGAAAGGUCCGUCGAAACCCUUCGCAACGCGCUCAAGACCCAAGAGCAAAACACCGACAAGUUCAAGGAGGAGAACUGGAAUCUCGAAGUGACCCUUCAGGAACUGCGCGCACAUCUGGGCGAGUCUCAAGCUUCGGUCCAGCGGCUCGAGGGCGAACACAAGCGCCUUACGAAGCUGUUGAAUCAGUCCCGUGAGGCGACGGAUCAACACAAGACCGAGGCCGAGCGCGUCAAGAUCGCGUUCGACGAGCUCAAGGCAAAGCACGAGACUGAUGUUGCCCAAGCCCGGAGGCAGGUCGCGAGUCUUCAGCGCGACAAGUCGGACCUCCAGCAGAACGUCGAUAACCUCAAGACGGAGAUGGCGCGGCAGGGCCGGCGGCUCCCGCGGUUCGGAUCGCCGCUGACGCCCGACGGGCGGGAGCGGUCCGACUUGCUCACACCGCAAGAUGCGCAGGACGACGACGUGUUCAGCGCGGCGUCGACGAACCGCAAGCGGCAGGACACGUCCACGAUGUUCUCGAUGGACGGCGAGUAUGACUCGUCGCCGGAGCCGUCGCCCUCGAAGCCCUUCCUCGCGCCAAACCACCCGAGCAACGAGAUGGAGGCGCUCCAGCAGCGCCUCGCGCACGCGCAGCGGCAAAUCAACACGCUGAAGGGCACGCUGCAGCGCGAGAAGGAGCUCAAGAUUGAGUACCGCCGGCGGCUGGACCAGUCGCCCGCGGUCGGUGGCGGGCUCGGCGCGGAGGAGGACGUCAGCGACGGCGAGCAGGACGCGCAGAUUCAGAUCUCGACGCCGGUCACGGGGCAGAAGAAGCGCAAGACGACGCCGUUCCGCGUCGGCAGAGGGCGCGGCUCCGUGCGGGGCAGGGGCCGCGGGGGCCUCACGCUGCAGCAGAGGUUGGAGAAGGCCGCGCGCAGCGCUGCGUCCGAGUACGACGAGGAUCUGGACGAGGACUUUGGCGCCGCCAUCACGAGCACGCCGCCUCCGCCGGUCCCGCCGGUCCCCCUGAGAUUCACGAACGGCGAUGCCGAGGCAGACGAGGAGCCGGAACCGGGUCAAGAUCGGGAUCGGGAGCUGCAGAUGAUGAUGGAGUACGAGGACGAGCGGUGGAAGCGCGACUCGCUCGCGUCGAACCGCAUGAGCAAUACGAGCAUCGACGGGAUGGACCCCGCGUUCGCGAACAUCCUCCGGCGCUCGUCGUCGUCCGGCUCGAUCCCGUACAACCGCAGCCCGCUACGCCAGGCGGUCGCGCGCGCGAUCCCGCGGCGGAGGGGCGGCGCGGCGUACCAGGAGGCGCGCCCGCCGUCGCUCGUGGGGCAGCCCGAGGCGCUCGCUGCGGAGCUCGGGCUCGGUAUGGGCAUGGGCAUAGGCAUGGGCGCGAGCACGAGCAUGACGACCGUCACCGAACACGCUCCCGAGCUCGAUCCCGAGGCCGAGCCCGAGACCGUCGUCGAGACUGCCGAAUUUGGAUGCCAGACGGAGCCAGAGGUCUCGGUGCUGCCGCCACCGCCGCCGCCACCGCCCCCGAUCGAGAUCACGCCUCCGUCGCCUGAAACGUCUGAGAUGGGCAUUCAAGUCGACACGCCGGAGCCCGAGCCUGUGCUCGAACCGACCGUUGUUCCCGCGCCCGCGCCCGAGCCCGAGCUCGAGCCCGAAAUCGAAGUCGUUCCAGAGCCUGUGUUGCCGAAGGUUGAGAUGUGCGAGACGUCGAUGCAGACGGAUCCUGAGCCCGAGCCUGAGCCCGAGCCCGUUCCAGCGCCGGAGCCGGAGCCUGUGGUCGUGGUCGUGGAGCGAUCCGAGAUGGGCGUCCAGCAUGAGCCCGUCGAAGCACCGGUCGUUCAUGCUGAUAUGGGCAUCGCGACGGAUCCGGAGCCCGUGCCCAUCGUGAUCCCGAGACCGGUGAUGGUGCAAGCUGAGGUGCAGACGUUCCCGGCGCAAACACUAGAUGCCGACACGCAGACGCCGCCUCCCCCCGUCGCACCCGAGGUGAUCAAGGCCGACGCGGACAUCCAGACGGUCCCUGAAUUCGUGCCAAUUAAGAUCGACACGGACGUGCAGACCACCGAGUCGCCGCCCACGCUCAUCCUUUCCCCCAUCCCAGGCCGCCGCGACACGAUCACGCAGGCGGACUGGUCACGUGACCAUCCCGGCGAUAACACUCUGCGUGGGCGUCCUGUGAUGCUCGUCGACGAGGAAGAUGGCGAGGACGAUGCGGCGACCGAGACGGGGGCGGAUACGGACACGGACGCGGAAUUCUACGACGCGCGUCAGAGCGUUGCGUUGACGACCCCGACGUAUUCCAUGGACGAGUACCAUUCGAUCCAGACCCUGACGGACAACGACAUGUCAGGGGACGAGGACGAGGAUGACGGCGAGAGCAUCAAGGCGUCGCGGAUGUCCAGUCCCCAGGGUGUCGACAGCCGCGCGUCCUCGGCAUUUGGACGGCCGGAAUCGGUCUUCGUCCCUCUUCCCGUUGUCACCUACGAUUCCAAGUCCGUCGACGCGGUGCUUGUGGAAGAGCCGGUGCCAGAGCCGCCGAAGCCGGAGCUGAAAGAGAUGUCGAUUCAGACGGAUGCUUGGAGCCCCACGCCGCCGCCGCCGCCGCCGCCUCAACCUCAACCUCAACCUCAGCCCCAGCCUCAGCCUCAGCCUGCGUACGGAGCUUUCAAAGUCGGUUCGCAGUCUCAGCAGUUCCAGUAUGUCGGGUCGACGUCCUCGACGCCAUCGUCGCCGUUGCCUGUGCUCUCCGUUCCAUCUUCCCCGGCUAUGGCCACUCAAAUUAUCCCUCGUCCUCGCACGUCGCAAUCAGACAGUCGAAAAUCCAUCGAGUCGACACUGUCGGGCGCAUUGGACGAUCAUAUCCCUCGCUCCCGCCUUUCGUCGUCAGUCAACGGACCCGUCGACAAGACGCGCCCUCCGAUGAUGAUGCUUCCGCCUCCGCCGCGUCUCCCGCCUCCGCCGAGCACCAUGCCCCCGCCUCAGUUCAUACCCGAGAGGAGAGUGCCUACGUCUUCCACCUCCUCAUACGAUAUCCCACCCGGGCGGCCAUCGUCGCCGCCGCCGCCUGAGCUCAUCCAGCGCGCGACGACGCCGACCUUUGGCCUCUCCCUUCGGCCACCGUUCUCGCCUCGCCAGCACGGCUCAAGCAUGCCUCCCACACAGCAGGGCCUGCGCCAGCCUCCGUCGACCAACAGCUUCAGAUCGGCGGCGGCCAACGCGGCGUCGUAUGCUCAGACCAUCCCUCAGAGCAUGAUGUCUUUCGCUGGUCGCGACAAGGCGAGAGAGCUCUCGAGCACCUCGUUGCAGUCCGACCACAGCCUCGGGUCCGGCCGCUCGUCCAUGUCAUCCGACCGACACUUCCUCAACAGGUCGCAGGGCCCGUCGAAUGCGCACACUACGACGCCUGGGCGCGUGGCGGAUGCGUCCGCCCGCAGCACGGGAUCGACCGAUCCGACCGUGAUCCACGCUAUCACGCAGACGAUGAUCGGCGAGUUCUUGUACAAGUACACUCGGCGCGCGAUUGGCAAGGGGUACGGCGAGAAGAGACACAAACGGUUCUUCUGGGUGCAUCCGUACACCAAGACGCUUUAUUGGAGCUCUGCGGACCCGGGCUCGUCCAAUGUCAUCGAGUCGAGCGCGAAGAGUGCCUACAUCGAGUCCGUCCGAUCCGUUCUCGACCCCAACCCGAUGCCUCCCGGCCUCUACCAAUACAGCGUGGUGGUCUCCACGCCGCAGAGGGAGAUGAAGAUCACCGCCCCGACGAAGGAGAGACACGACAUCUGGCUAAAUGCUCUGAAGUACCUUCUCACAAGACCGAACGGCAUGACCAUCUCGUCGCCCGCGAACAUGGCCAACAGGACCGCGAUGCCUGCAGCACCGUUGAGCCCGCUAUCUGUCCACUCGGAUCUGCCGGACGAUGAUAACCAGCCUGCUCCGGGUGGCCUCCUCUCGAGCCCCCAAAGCUUCCGGAGCGGCCACAGCGGCCAGACAAGCGGGGAAUCAUUCAACGUGACGCCUCGUGGGCAGCGAAGCCAGUCGCAACUGUCCGUCGGCGGUUCCAUUGGAAAGCGCUCUGGCACCCCGGCGGCGGAGUACCUCCGUUGGGGCGCGGAUGGACCCUACAGCCCCACGAAUCCUUUUGAGCACGUCCCUGGCGGGCAAGAAGAGGAAGACCUCGACUUCGAGCUCCAUGAGGACUCCAUGUCAGAUGAGGGCUUCCAGGGGCUCGAGAACGUGCGGGCGUGCUGCGACGGGAAACACACGGUCGGCGGGCAUGACCACCACCACCACCAUCACCACCAUCACCAACACAAUCACAGCAUUCCCCCCAAUGCGCAUCCCCCACGAGAGCUCUCCCGCACCCGCGAUCAGACCCUCCUGGAUGCCCCUCUCGUAGACCCUCCACGUCCUGCUUCUCCCGCAUGGUCCUUCCGGUCGCGUGCGGGGAGCGCGACGUCACACGAUGGCGGGCUAUUUUCAGGAAGGUUGCGGUUCGGUACGCGCCGGUCAACGAAAACGGUGCAGCCAGUGGGAUCGCACGAUUCGUGAGUAGUCGAGUCAGCGGGUCGGUCGGUAGAGCGGAUUGUGGUUUUCUUUUCCAGUAUGCUUGGUAUUUUUCUAUUAUCUUGAUUUGAUCCAUUCUUAGGACUCUCUCCUUUGUCAUGGCGCCGCACAUGUUUGGCUAUACACACUCCUUAAUCGCUUGUUGUUUAUUUACUCUUUUUUUCUUCUCCUUCUAUCCAUCUCCUCUCAUGUAUUCAGCUUCCCUUCUGUGCGAGUAUUACGCCGAAGAUAGUCGUUCCUUUCUAUGCAAAUAUACCUUCCAUACAUUG